AUGAGUCCCACAAUCACGGUAUUGAUCUCCGGGUCUGGAACCAACCUCCAGGCCCUCAUCGACGCCGAAAAGGCCCACAACUUGGCUGGAACCAUCACCCAGGUCAUUUCCUCCAGCGAAAGUGCCUAUGGGUUGAAAAGAGCUGCUGAGGCAGAUAUCCCCACCAAAGUCCACACCUUGAAGCUGUACUACGUUGGCACCACCAAGGACCAGAAGGAGGAGCGCCAGAGCCGUCGUGAGAAGUUCAAUCGCGACUUGGCCAACUUGAUCAUAUAUGGACACCCCAACAAGGUGCCCCAGAAGGGUUAUCGCCAGCCAGACUUGAUCGUUUGUGCGGGAUGGAUGUUGAUCUUGUCGCCUACGGUAUUGACUCCGUUAGCAGAGGCCAACAUCACCAUCAUCAACCUCCAUCCUGCCUUGCCAGGUGCAUUUGAUGGUACCCAUGCUAUCGACCGUGCGUGGAAAGCAGGCCAGGACGGCGAGAUCUCCAAGGGAGGAGUGAUGAUCCACAACGUGAUUGCUGAGGUGGACCGUGGCACACCAAUUUUGGUCAAAGAAAUCGAGUUGCUCAAGGAAGACUCCUUGGAACAGUACGAAGAAAAGGUGCACAAGGUGGAGCACGUAGCCAUUGUGGAAGGAACCAACAUUGCCUUGGAAACAAGCAGUAAAAGUGCAUGA